AAUUUUUAAAUACAGCCAAAAGCGUUCAUUUUGCAUCCAAGCUGUCAUAGAAAUGGCUACUUCAAAGAGGAACAAAGCGUACGCGUACGCUUGUAUCCAGCGCGUCUGCUCCAGUGGAGAGGAGAUGUGCCAACGCUCUAGUGUGGAGGAUGAGGAUACUUUAUCUGAGCCAGAGAGAGCAAAACAGAGCAUACAAUGGCGGAACUAGUUUUACGGAAACCGAAGAGAUCUCAAGAACGUAUUGACGUUGGAGCAUGGAAGAGUCUAUCCUCUAAGACGCGUGGGGAUGGUCACAUACCAGCCUUGCUGGAGCAUAACACACACUGCUGCAACUGCAAGUAUUGUAGAGUCAUCCUCAAGGAGACGAAGUGUUGGACCCAGGCAAGGAAGGAGGAUAUAAACGUCGACAUAAAGAUUGGCGAUCGUGUGCUAAUUCAGGAGAUGUUGCCUGGGGUGGUCAAGUAUGUUGGUGAUCUGGACAGUGUGUACACUAAUGGAGCAGUGUACGUUGGAGUCAAGCUGGACGACUGUGUUGGUGAUCAUGAUGGUGUGUUUAACAACAAGAGGUACUUUGAGUGUCCUCAAAUGCACGGUGUCAUUGCACCCAUCGAGGAUGUCAACCUCCUCGUCCCAACUGACGGCCGCAGUAUCAAGCCCAACAGGUUUUUCUCAAUGCCUUCCUAUGAUCUGGACUCUCUCACAAGCCUGGAGUCAUGGUCCAGUGAUCCAGAGGUCGUCCAGCGAACAGUGUCAGAGAAUAGAUUAUCCACUCCCCUACCAGACUACCACUUUGAUCCUAGUGCCAGCAUCCAGAGCCAGAGACCCCAGUCUGGGAAGAAAUGCAGUAGAUCUCAGUCUGGAAAGAAUUGCAGUAGACCCCAGUCUGAGAAGAGACCACAGUCUGGGAAGAAGAAACGCAAUAGCAAGAAACUGUGCCACGAGGAUGGAGUGACUAGGUCUGGUGUGUUCAUCUGUGAUGCUCCUGGUAGCAUUGCUGCUGAGAUUGGUGGCCUGGAUCCUGACACCAAGAAGAGGCUAUUAGCCAGCCUCAGUCUCCACAAGAACACCAUUACUGAUAACCUGGGGGAGAAGAUCAUCAUUCAGUCUGCCACUAACGUUCCCCCCACCCCACCCUCUAGCCCUACUGUCCCUAAAGCGUACACUGCUCAACCCACCAGUAGCAGCAUCAGUGCAGUGCAUAAUAAGAAGCCUCUGGUCAGGUUUGUAGUGGGAAGCUCCAAUUCCAUUGUCACUGACUUGAAGAAACCGUGUAGUCCACCCGUCUCUAAACUAGUGACCAACAAAGUGGCUGCCAUGCGUGGUGGUACUGUCAAGAAGGAACCAUAUGUGACAGGACCAGCUGUGUCAGAGGACCCCCUGGCCAGUGUAGAGGACCCCCCUGUGAUACCCAAACUGAGGUUGCCCUUGUCAGAUGACACACAAUCAGUGGCUAAUGAGAAACCACUCCUACACACAGCUACCUCCUUCACAGGUCAAAUGCUCUCUGGGCUGCCCUACCGGGACGCCAUUACCCCUCAGCCUGGCAGUGUGUGUAAGAGUGAUGAGGAGGAGCUGCAGGAGUGGGUGGACAAGUGGGGGGGUGGGCUAGCCGGCUGGACCAAGGCUCACACUCUGCAGAAACUCAGAGAUGCUCAACGCAAGGGACAGAAAGAGCUAGAGUGGCAGAUGAAAGUUGAUGAACUGGAGAAAAAUGACCUGUACACCCCCAGAGUCAAGAACAUUCAAGAGUUGCGUGAUGAGAUUGUGAAGGCACGUGAGAGAUACAAGUCCACCCACCUUCAACUAGAGCAAUGCAAGGCCACCCUCUCCUGCUCUGAACUGAGCAAGCAGAUCGAUCAACUGGAGGAUCAAACUCAAAGACUGAGAGAGAUGAACGAGUGUCUGCUGGGGAAGGUGUUGGACCACCCUCUCUUUGAUGUGGUGAGGGAGGCUGUACAGUACCUGGGAUUAGAUAUCAACCACGAGGGGAGACUACAUGAGGUGGAGGAGGGGCAGGCUGAGGCUGAGGCAGAGGGAGCUACAGAAGUGCUAGAUGCACAGCCGGUCUAGCCAGAGACUGAAAAUUGAACUCAGUAUAAAUACGUUGACAAUGUUGACAAUGCUAAAAAUUAAUCUAAUGUUAUGCAUAAUACAGUUAGCUAUU